UAUUCAGCAAACUGGCUGGACUACUUCUGGAAUACCUGUAUCCAACUUGACUCUCUCUUCCAUCUUGUACAAGCAGCAGUCUCAACUGACUCAGAGAAGGCUGGGGCUGGUAGUAUCCCAGAACAUCCCCAGCUUGGAAGGCCAGGGGAGGAGAGAGGGUAUACUCAUAGAGUUCUGAAUUACUCCUGGCAGUAUUGAUUGUAGUGUAUCCAACUUUAGUGUAGACUCCAUCUCCAGUAGGUCUCCAUAUCUGUAGCUCUGUGAAAAAGCUGUUCUGUUCUACCCACU